UUCAUUUCCUAGUUAAACUCCUCUCGGCAAACAUUGUUUUUUUUCCGUUUCCAAAAUUUGUAUUUGUCUACCGGUGAUUUAAAAUUUUCAAAUAGAAUUGUGGAAAUCGAUUUUUAGCUAACACAAGAUGUCCAAAAACAAUGGACCUGGACCUGGAGCUUAUAUGCUGCCGAGUAGUUUUGGGCAAAAGGGACCACAAUUCUCCUUUGGCCGCAGGAUUGAUCGCAUGAGAGAGAAGCCCGGUCCUGGACCGGCAGCCUAUAAGAUUGAUAAGGUCACCCGGUACGGAAACGCGGUGGGCCCCCAGUUCUCUAUGCUAGUUAGGAACCCCAAGACCAAGCCCCUUCCCAUCCGAUUUUCAUAAGGAAUGAGAACUGAUAAAUAUUAAGUAAACCUUUGUACUUAAAGGGGGUUAAAGAGAUUGUUAGAGGGCCAAUGUAACAGUAAAAUCUAAGCAGUCUAA